AUGAGGAAUUUCAUCUUGGAAAGUUUGCUAAAUGUGGUUGAAAUGAUUAGUAUAAAUUAGCUAAUAAAUGAAUUUAAUUAAUCUGAAUUUACUUUGAUGAUCAACAUCCUUUUUAGGAGGUCACAAGACGAAAACUUAUUGAUCAAAUUGUUAAAUAGCUCACUCAUUUAUUCAAAUGAAGGUUACUCUUAGAUAGAAACAGAAAUCUCUUGUCUUAUACCAAAAUUGAUCUACAUAGAUAAUAUUACUGUUGCUUAAGAGCAAUAAGCAACAAAAGAGUAGUACUUUUACACUCUUCUUUAUUUGAGGUUCAAUUUUUGUGGGUUAAAGUUUUUGGUAAUUUAUUAGAUGAUAGUAAAAUAUGCUUAAUUAAACUAAUACUUUAACACCUAACUUCCAUAUAAUUUAUAUACCUACUUUGAACAUUUUGGAUUAGCUUAUUUAAAUUUUAUCUCAAAGAUUUUUAAUUACUUAAAGUUUAUUGAUCAAAUAUAGAAUUCAUAAAAAUUAAAGAAGAUAUCCACUAAAGUAGUAAAUGAUUACCUAACACCUUAUUUAUUAUAUAAUUUAAAAACAAAUAUUAUAGUUUAGAUUUCUAUUUUGGCAUCUAUUCAAUAGUAAAAUUAUUUUAACAUUAUACAAAAAUGA